AUGUCCUACCCCGAGCAGCGAAGUGAGGCGGAAUGGCGGGCAGUCCUGUCUCCAGAACAAUUUCGCGUCCUGCGCGAAAAAGGCACAGAGGCCCCUUACACUGGCGAAUAUGACGCCCAGUACCCCUCCAAGGGCGUCUACACUUGCGCCGGCUGCAACGCCCCGCUCUACAAAGCCUCGCAUAAGUUCAAGUCCGGGUGCGGCUGGCCUGCGUACUUUGACUCCAUCCCCGGGGCGGUGACCAGACAUACGGAUCGCUCGUUUGGAAUGGAGCGGACGGAGAUUGUGUGUAGUAACUGCGGGGGUCAUUUGGGUCAUGUCUUCAAGGGCGAGGGGUAUUCUACGCCGACAGAUGAGAGGCAUUGCGUGAACAGUAUUAGUUUAAAGUUUACAGAGGAUGAGGAGGCAGUGAAGUCGAAGGCUUGA